CCCGGGAGUAGUGCACCACACACACACUCACACAGGUUCUGCUCCUACUGUCGCUACCACUGCCACCGCCGGCGCCACGUUCUCCGGACCUGACCCACCCUCACCCUGUGCCACACCCGGUCUCAACUCUCACGUACACCACAACUAGUGAGAAAAUAUUAACUUGUCGUGAUUAAUUUGUACAGAAGGCAGUUGUGUGUUCAAAGUGACUCUUCAAUGUGGUAUUGAAGAACAAAAUCAUGGAAGGAUUCGUUUCAUAUUUUUUGUAGUGUACUUAGUGGUGUGGUACUAGUGACAGGUGUUGGUGAAGGAAAUUUGCUGACAAUUGUGUGGUGGUGGAGAGUAGAGCUGGUGUACCCGCCAUGUGGCCCUGAGUUCCCCCUCCCUCAGUGUACAGUGGUCACCGCCUGUAUGAACUCGCCCACCUCACCCUAUCCCAUGUCGCCGGAUAGUGUGAGUGUGGUGCACUGAGAAACGCCCGAGUGAUUGUUUUUGUCCGUUUGUGUUGAACCUUGUAGCGUGGUGAUGGUGUCUAGUGGUGGACCAGUCUGCUUGUUUGUCUUGGUGAUCCCGUGAGAGCUGUACAGUAGGCUUGGUGAUGUGUGACACCCCAGUACUCUCUCUACAUCCUUGACACAUUUAAUCCUAAUGAUCCGUGGCUCGUGUUGGUGAUCCGUGACUCUUACCGUGUUGGUGAUCCGUGACACUGGAGUCCUGUACAGCCGUGAUACAUCCUACAGUCGCAGUAACCCUUGACUCCGGUGUUUCUUUGAGUGAGAAGCCAGGAAGGCGGCAGUGUGGGUUACCCUGUGUAGGAGAUUAUGGUGGUGCCCUCUCCUCUCACUUCCUGCCUAUGGUGGUGAGUCAGCGGCGGACGUCACAGUAACCCACCGGACCUCCCCCGACACUGUAGUAUAUCAACACUUAACAAGACGAGGGCUGGGGCGACACAUGAAGGGAGGUGUGUUGGGUGAGUGUGAGGGAGGAGAUCUCACACACAGCUGCUCACCGCCAUGAGGGUGCCAACGCCCCGUCGUCCCAUCGGUGAACAGGUUCGCGUCCUGAGCUACAACAAGUCUGGGGAGUGGUGUGAAGCCCACGCUGGAUCAGGGGAAGUAGGCUGGGUCCCGUCCAACUAUAUCACUCCUGUCAACUCGCUGGAGAAACAUUCCUGGUACCAUGGUCCCAUAUCCAGAAAUACUGCCGAGUAUCUCCUGUCCUCGGGUAUCAACGGUUCCUUUCUCGUGCGGGAGUCUGAGAGUUCCCCCGGACAGAGAUCCAUCUCUCUCAGAUAUAACGGCCGUGUCUAUCACUACAGAAUCAACGAGGAUGAGAAUUCUAAGCUGUAUGUGUCAUCAGAGUUCCGGUUCAACACUUUAGCAGAAUUAGUACACCAUCACUCCCAGCAUGCCGAUGGGCUCAUCACUCAGUUGCUUUACCCAGCUCCUAAAAGAAAUAAACCGACCGUGUUUGGACUCACACCAGAGCCAGAUGAAUGGGAAAUUGAGAGAACAGACAUAGCAAUGAAGCACAAGCUGGGUGGCGGGCAGUAUGGGGAUGUGUACGAAGCAGUCUGGAAAAGAUAUAACAUCUGUGUUGCCGUCAAGACUCUCAAGGAGGACACCAUGGCUCUGAAAGAUUUCUUGGAAGAAGCAGGUAUCAUGAAGGCCAUGAAGCAUCCUAACUUGGUGCAGCUGUUGGGUGUAUGCACAAGGGAACCUCCCUUUUAUAUAGUGACAGAAUUCAUGACUCGUGGAAACCUCCUUGACUACCUACGUGUGUGUAGCCAUGAUGAAGUUAAUGAAGUAGUUCUUCUCUACAUGGCCACUCAAGUUGCUGCAGCUAUGGAGUAUCUGGAGGAGCGAAACUUUAUACACAGAGACCUGGCAGCUAGAAAUUGUUUAGUUGGUGAGAACCACUUAGUAAAAGUAGCAGACUUUGGGUUGGCGCGACUCAUGAGGGACGACACCUACACUGCCCAUGCUGGAGCCAAGUUUCCUAUCAAGUGGACAGCACCAGAGGGCCUUGCAUAUAAUAAAUUCUCCACAAAGUCUGAUGUAUGGGCUUUUGGCAUCCUGCUGUGGGAGUUUGCAACCUAUGGAGUAUCUCCAUACCCAGGGGUGGACCUCACCAACGUCUACCAUUUGUUGGAGUCUGGUUACAGGAUGGACUGUCCUCAAGGCUGCCCGGUACGUGUGUAUGAACUUAUGAAACAGUGUUGGCUGUGGAACCCAGCUGAUCGUCCAACGUUCUCCCACAUCCACCAUGCAUUAGAGACAAUGUUCCAAGAGACAUCCAUUACUGAGGAAGUGGAACAACAGUUAGCAGCUGGAGGAGGAAGAAAGGUGAGAGGGUCAUCCUCUAGCACACACCAGCAGUGGAAUGAAGAGCAGCUCCCCACAAGCCCUCGAACAUCCUCUGCCAGGCAGAGAAGCAACAAGAACAAGCAUAACAUAAUGGACGAAGGCAGCAGCCCUAACCUACCAAGAGACGUCCGGACAGGCCAGGGUAUUCUCUCUUCUCGGUCCACGGUGGUUCAGCUGAGACGCACUACCAACAAGAAGGGCAAACAGGCACCAGCACCUCCCAAGAGAACAAGUUCGUUCCGAGACAGCACCUGUACGGACCAAGACCUCCCUGCUGGAAUGGCUGGAGAUGAGCUCAAUGAAUUCAAUGGUAUAGACAAAAUCUUUGAAGGAAUCCAGAAGGACUUGGCUGACUUAGCAAGCAGCAAUGAUGCUGAGAGUGAGAGUGAACUUCCGAGAGGACACCUGACACUGAAGACUCUGGUGCUCAGUCUCUGCCUGCUACCCAGGGCCUUACAUCCACACACUCUACCUUUAGGGCAGAUCCUCCACACCUUCAGUCCUUUAGACAAAAAUCUACAGCUGGACUACGUGAUCCUAAGGUUAGCAGUGACAGAUUAAGACGUGGAAGAAUGGAGAAAGCCGAGAGUCAGAGUGGUACAGGUGGAGGGAGGCACCUCACUGUUGCUGCAUUGGAAGUUCAUAAUGUAAAGAGGGCCAUUAACCGCUAUGGUACAUUGCCAAAGGGUGCCAGAAUUGGAGCAUACCUCGAAUCUCUCCGACAGAGUGGUCUCUCUCAAGGUGUACCUCCUUCUGAUGAUCAUGUUCAGUCAUCGGAACAACAGGAGGACCAACAGGAACAAGGACAACAAGAGGAACAGGGAGAUCAGGAGGAAAGCAAAGAGACAGUAGACAAAAA